AUGUCAUCAUCAGCUUGUUUAAACAACAUUUUAAUGCGACGAAGGCAUUGUGCAUCAAAGUACUAUAGCGUGUUCUUAAACUUUGGAGGAAAAGACACUCGUCACAAUUUUGUUCGUCCUCUUCACAAGGCGUUGUGUUUAGAAGGGAUUAAUGCAUUCAAAGAUGACAUUAAUCUCAACAAAGGGAAUUGGAUUAGGAAAGAGCUGUUUGGGGCAAUUGAAGCCUGUCGAAUAGCCAUCGUAGUUCUAUCUAAAAACUAUGCCACUUCUACAUGGUGUUUAGAUGAGCUUGCGAGAAUCAUGAAAUAUGAAAAUAAUCAUAAUAAUCGAACCAUUUUUCCGGUGUUUUAUGAUGUUUGCCCAUCGGAUGUCCGGCAUUUGAGGGGUAGCUUUGCUCAAGCUUUUAAUCAACAUGAGGUGAACCACAGGAUUGACCCCAAGAAGGUGAAGAUAUGGAAACGAGCUUUGAGAGGUGCGGCAGAGAUAUCAGGAUUUGAGCUGCUCAAUCAUGUCUACAAAGGGUAA